GCAAACUCCACGGGUCCAUUAAAGUGCGUAUAGGCAUUUAAAAGGGUGUACGGCUUAUUUAUUUCUUAUUCCAAUUUUGGUCAUUUCUCGCUGACCACAGAUUAAAGAUUUCCCAUGGCCACGGUAAAAUCACAGUCAGGAUCAUGUGGUGGACAGAAAAGAAUAUCGAAAAUGGUGUCGAAAAGAAAGGGAGGUCUAGCAGGUCAAAAUCUGCUCCAUGCUCUUCUCCCAGGGGCCAGAAUAGACAACGACAACGGAGGGAAAAUAUCCAUCAAUAUGGGCUUCUCCCGUGAGUUCGUGGUUUUUAAUGUAGGGGGCACGAAGUUCGAAACCUACAGGUCAACACUAUACAGCCAGCCGAACAGCCCGCUUGCAAACGACACAUUUUUGAAACGCCAUUACAAUGAGGAGAGGAAGGAGUAUUUUUUUGAUCGUGAUCCGGAUGUGUUCAAGGCCAUAUUGAAUUACCUUCGGACUGGCGAGUUACACCUGCCCUCCUUCAUUUGUGGUCCUGCGGCAAGGGAAGAACUCAUAUACUGGGGUGUUAAUGAUGACGUCAUACAGAGAUGUUGCUGGUCCCAUUACAACAGCUGGAACUCCACACUGGAGGCGCUGAUGCAGCUGGAAAAGGACCGUAAAGGAUCCAUGGAUGAGGACAUAAGUUCACAGGUCAGACCGAAGACCUUCUGGACUAAAUUACAAAACAAAGUUUGGAGGAUCUUGAACAAGCCGAACUCCAGCAGAACUGCCAAGAUACACGGAUACCUCUCCCUGAUGUUUGUAUUGGUGUCAAUAGUCAGUUUUGUGGUCGAAACACAUCCUGCAUUUGACAGCAGAAUAAAUAUUCCAAAACCUGGAUCUGGAGGUGUUUCACAAAACACGACGUUAGCAGAAAAUACCACUUCGAGAAAUUUUUCUUCCAAUAAAAAAAAUGUGGAUUAUCUAUCGGUGAAAGUGACACAUCCUGCUUUCACUGCGAUAGAUAUUUCAUGCCUGGCAUUCUUUACCCUAGAUUACAUUAUCCGGUUUAUAUUUGCCAGAAAGAAAUUCGGAUAUCUGACGUCAUUAAUGGGCAUGGUUGAUAUUUUGGCAAUUAUUCCCGAUUAUGUACAAUUCUUCGUUUAUGCAAUUCACCCAGAAAUGCGAUAUGAAGGAGAUAUUGAUUACAUUGCAAUACUUAGGGUUGCCAGGGUUUUGCGGAUCUUCCGUUUAAUCCGCCAUGUUCCGGGGCUUUGGAUUUUGGUAUACACCCUGAAGUCGAGUUUAAAAGAACUGCUUUUAAUGAUAGUCUUCCUCCUAGUUGGAAUGCUUAUAUUCUCUUCAUUAAUCUACUUUGUUGAUGACAGAAAAACAUUCAAGAGCAUUCCGCAUAGCUUCUGGUGGAGUUUGAUCACCAUGACAACGGUUGGUUACGGAGACAUGUACCCUGUCACGGAGCUCGGUUACAUAGUUGGAUCCUUUACAGCAUUAUCUGGGCUUUUAAUGAUCGGUUUUUCUGUUCCGGUUCUAGUUAAUAACUUCAUCAUGUAUUACAAGCACUUGGAGUUCGCGAUGAACAAAGAAGAAGCGAAUGAAAAUGACGAAAGCAAUGAUAGAGGGGAUGAGAAAUCCCCGUGUAAUAACAAUUCUGCAGGAUGAACUGGUUAAAGGCAGUAAAUUGAAUCGAUGUUAGAAAUAACUGACCAUACUAUCUAUAAAUAGAUUUCGAUGUCAGGAAAGGGUAUUUCACUACCUCUGGAAUGGUUCUCACUGAUUGCAUUGUGUUUGUGUGUUUGAAUUUUUCUUGUUUCGUUUGGUUAUACCCAAAAUGGCAUUGAAGAUGAUCACAAAUGCAUUUAUCAUAUGAGCUUGAUUCUGAUGGGAGACAAUUUCAAUCAUUGCUGAUAUAGCUUAAGGAGCAUCGUUCCUCUGAUGAGAAGAUAUCGUUUUAUUAGAUCUACAUCUUAACACUUUGUCAUUGUAUAGUCCUAUUGCAUUUUCUCUUAGAUCUCUUGAAAACAACUGUACAUUAACUGUAUUGGUGGUGGUGUAAAAUAACGUGUACUGUUAGUUGCUGUGUUAAUGGAAAAUUCUAAGUCUGAACACAAGAUUUAACAGAAAGGAAGUAGAGGUUGUUAAUGGGGAAUGUAUAUCGGUUUUUAAUAAUUAUUUAGAUAAAUACUACAACAAUUAUGCUCUCUUAUUUAAAAGUAAAACUGGAUUACCUAAAUAAAGCUAUUUGUCAUUUACGUUUUAGUGUGUACAGUCUGGGAUUUCAUUAGACUAUAUGAGCACUAAUGACAGGUCAUUUUAUUUCUUAAAACAUGACAGAGAAAAUAGCAAAUUCGAGCUUUAAAUGUCGCCACAUUACUUGAAACUUGUUCAUGAAAUAAAUAAACAGGCCCCCAAGAACAUAAACUGAGAAUAGACUUAAGUCAAAAUUUUUAUUACUUAUAUCUUAAUAUUUAUGUAAUUGUAAUUAAAAGAUUUAUAUAACGUCCUAUCAACAUUAGUUCACUAAAGCGCGUUACAAAUGUGAGAGAAAAAAUAAUAUAAAAUCGAUGUGCACAUACAUGUGAAUAAAAUAUUCAUAGUGUCAGAAUUAAAAUGCAUAAUUAUUAUUUAUUUUUUAAAACUAUAUAUAUAUUUUAUUUGGAAGCAUACAAUUUUGGUUGGGAUAAAAUAUCCUAGGAUAUUCCCUCUUAUUCAUCACCUAUGGUGCCAGGAGCCCAUUGGAUUAGAUGUAUUUCUUUUUUAAUUACAUACGUAUACACACACACAUACAUACAUAUACACACACAUACAUACAUACAUAUAUAUAUAUAUAUAUAUAUAUAUAUAUAUAUAUAUAUAUAUAUAUACACGUAUACAUAUAUAUACACACACAUAUAUAUAUUUAAAUCAUACACUAUAUUACUUUUAAGAAAAUUAAUAUAUAAGACACAUACAUAUGCAUACAUAUAGAUAUACAUUCAUAUACAUAAAUUCGAUAUUUAUAAUACUAUAACAAAUAUAUAUAAAUAUGGUAGAGGUAUUUUUCAAUAAGCCAUGCUGCCUAUGAGGAACAGCCUUAAACACACAAUGUCCAUAUUUUCCCCUUCAGGCAGCUCCACUGAAGGACAGACUCCUUCAGAUAAUCUGACUAUUUUUUAUCAUUAUCAUCACAAAGUCAUAGAAAUAUCAUAAAACCAUUUAUAAUUGAAGUUGAAAUUCAAUGUUUUAUAAGUCUCAUAUUGGUACAUUAAGUUUGUUUUUACAAAUAGGAAAUGUCAUUAAUAUUUUCUUCUUUAUUUUCAUAUCUUAACUUCAUCUUUAUUUUAUAUAUGUAAUAAGCUGUAUAUGAUAAUAAAUGAUUUAUUGAA